AUGCCGCCUCCCGCCGAUGAACGCAAAGAGAAGCAGGCCGCUGCCCAGCAGGCCGUAGAUAUUUUGCACGAGAUCGCGACCAUCCUCAAUUGCCAGCUCGACCGCCGGACGUUAUCGAUCUGCAUCUCCAUGAUUGAGAAUGGCGUGAACCCCGAAGCGCUUGCUACGGUCGUCAAGGAGCUGAGGAAAGAAGCUCAGGAGGUCGAGUUGGACAUGAAGGCCAAGGAGGCCAGUCAGAGGAGAAAGUGA